CAGUUGUCACAAAAUUAUAUAACCCCUUGUUAAUAAAAUUUAAACUACAAUGAAGAACAAUAAAUCUGUUUUUCAUUAGUAUCGCUUCUUUAUGCCAUCCUCAUUCGCGCGCACCCCGGCAAAGACGCAAUGUGAAAUUUCCGCUUAAACCCCGCCCAUUUGUAAAAUCCCGCCCACUAGCGGCAAAAGUCCCUCCCACUUGGAGCUCUCCGUGAAGUCCAGCCCACUUGCGGCAAAAGCUCCUCCCACUUGGAGGUCUCCGGGCUGCAGCGAUACCUACUUGGUUUCUUUUGCAUUUGUGAUGCGAUGGCACGUUGCUGUAUACAUAUAUAAACAUCAGAUAACAUUUCUUUCCAUGAGGGAUGAUGUGCUGUUAGUUCCCCAGGCUUACAGUGCUCCAUUGGUGAGGGGUUUCUCUGGUCAACCACAAUAUUCCAUUACACAGGAGCAGUUGCGUUUUCUGCUGGAAUAUAAUUUUUCAACAAAACAGAUGGGCGAAAUCUUGGGAGUCUCCAAACGAACUGUAAAGCGACGUUUAAGGAAGUACAACAUUUCACUUAGAGACAGAUACAGCAAUCUAUCAGACUCUGAUCUUGAUAACCUGGUCAGAGAAGUAGUUGGAGGCAACGAUGAGCUUGGGGCAGAAGCAGUGAGAGCUCGUCUGGCAGGUCAGGGGAUUGUAGUGCAGCGGCGCAGAGUGCGACAAAGUUUGAUCAGGACCAAUCCAAUAGGAGCAGCCCAGAGGCUCACCACGCGCAGACUACACCGAAGAAUUUAUCAAGUUGCAGGCCCAAACUCCUUAUGGCAUUUGGAUGGCAACCACAAGUUAAUCAGGUGGCGAAUUGUCAUACACGGUGGAAUUGAUGGUUACAGCAGACGUGUUGUUUUCUUGAAGGCUUCUGACAAUAAUCGGAGCAACACUGUUUUUGAUAGUUUUGUAGGGGCCAUUGGAAAACACGGACUACUUUCUAGAGUUCGAUGUGAUAAUGGAGGUGAGAACAACGCAGUCUGUCUUUUUAUGAACAUUUUCCGGGGCACAAACAGAGGAAGUGCUCUGAGAGGAAGGAGCACGCACAAUCAAAGGAUUGAGAGACUGUGGGGUGAUGUUUGGCGGGGCAUCACUAAUACUUACUACACCUUGUUCCUGCUUUUGGAGAGUGAGGGUAAAAUUGACAGCUCUAGUGAAAUGCAUCUAUGGGCAUUGCAUUAUGUGUAUAUACCCAGAAUCAACAGGGAUCUUCAACUGUUCGUUAAUCAGUGGAACCACCACAAGCUAGGAACUGCACGUUACAUGUCUCCCCACCAGAUCUUUAUCAGAGGAUGUCUCUCACAGCUACAUCGAAACCACACUGGUAUACAGGGAAUUCUUGGUGCAGAUUUAAAAUUACACAAACAUUACAAACGGAUAUAUAGUUCAUUAUAUAGACCAUAUAUAUGGUGAAAAUGAAAAAGUCCAUUAUUUACCAUAAAUAAUUCAACAUCAAAUACCUGAAUUGGUUGAGACUCCAAAAAUCUCCUUGUUUUCCUGGAACCAUCAGGGUUGAAACUGUAGUAAUAUGCCUUGCUCUGGCUCCAUCCUUUCAGUUAUUUUCUUAAAAAAUAAACAAAAAUAUGUCAGUGUAACAAAAAAUGUGGUAAAAAUAGCAAAAAAUUAAUAAAAACCUGUCUUCGCCUUUGUUCCAAGGUUUCCAUCUGCCGUCGCCGAUUUUCCUGCAAACAUAAUGAACAUAUUUAGAGUUUUUUUUACAUUUAAACUUGGUUUUAUUCAGUAUCAAGCAACUGAUUGUACUGCAAAGAAUAUAACUUUUAAGAAUGUAACGAUAAGCCAAAACAAAGAAUAUUAAUAAUGAAAUUUAUCCCAGUUGGUCCAGUGAUCAAGGAUUGUCUCAGCAUUCCAGAGGGGGUCUCUACAAGCACUUGAGAUGCAUUAGAUGUUGUUCCAGGUAUCUUGGAGUUCACCAUUUACCAUUUUACAGUAACAAUCUCUCCGUUGGUUGAUUUUUUUUUGUAACCUUUAUUACAUCACCUCUGACUGACUUUAUGAUGAUAAGAUCUGUGUGGGCCAUGCCCAUUUUUGUAGGAUUUUUGGUUAACACAAAGAAAUCACCCAGGAAUGUAAAUUCUGUCAUGAAUUACUCUCUAGUUGUUCCAAAUCUGUAUAAAUUGGCCACAGAUAAAGAUAUGUGAAAGGAUGCUUGUAACUAAACAGUUCUUGCCCCCUAUUGACUAACAUAGUAGGAAAAUUGCUUUCCUACAUUCUUCAAAAUAUCUUAUUUUGUGUUCAACAGAACAAAGAAACGUAUAAAGCAAUUUGGUAGUCAAUGAGGUCCAAGAACUCUUUGGUUAUAAGCAUUCUUCCAAAUAUCUUUCUGUUCAUGAAAAUGAUGGACUAUCCCUUUAACACAGUUUUUAGUAAAACCUUAGUUAGAAGUUUUGUUUAUUUAAUUUGUCUAAAACAUUUUGAUUGUCCUUAAUACAUUUAAUGAUUUAAUGAUGAGGAGAAUAAUUCUAGCUUACCCUGUCACUUGUUCCUGGAAUGCCUGGCAUUGUUUCUGCGGUUCCACUGAAAUAAUUCCAUCAAGAAACAUUAAGUGAAUUAGUAUACAGAUAAUUAAGCUUUACAUAUUUUGACAUUUGUUUCAAUAAUUAGCUUUUUAGAAAACAAUAUUGCUUUUGUGGGAUAUGUUUGUGUUUUUAAGUUUAAUGUUGAAAUUAUUGUUAUAAGUAACCCUGCAUAUCUAAAGAAACAUUUUGAUACUUUAGUAUGCCUCUCACAGUUUACCUCAUUGUUCUCAUGCUGUAUACCCGUCAGUCUUGGUGUGUCCUGUCAAAACAGACAGUACAGUACAGAUAUGUCCUGUUCUGCACAACGCCAUUGGCAAAAUGUUGAACAUAUGCAGUAACUCCGUAUACUUACUUUUAACCGUACAUAUACUGCUGACCUGCCAAACUCUGGGCAUGCUUUAAUUGAUGCAGGGCAAACUGAGCUCAACUGAACUGGUAAGAUCCUUCGACUCUUGUCAACUCUGCAGAUUUCAAUCUCCGCCUCUUCCAUUGUUGGAAAGGUUUCUCUAAUUUUCAGAUGAAAUGCCCUCUCAUUCAUUGAAAGGGGAACAAUUAUUUUUUUAAGUGCCGUACCUGUUAAAGAAUGUUUUUUUUUUAACCUUUAAAAAUACAAAUAUCACAAAUGUCAAAGAUUUUACACUUAAGCACUUAUGCUGUGUUGUGAGCAGAUGCUCACUGCCGUUUUCAAUAAAAGAUAGCCUAAUGAUGCUCUGUCUUGCAGCUUGCCGCCUGCUUGUGGCUGAGGUAUCAUUGGGGAUGUUGCUGCGGAACAUUCUCAGUCUUUAAUGAAACAGUUCAAACAGACAAUUUUUCAAUAAACAUAACAGCAUAAACAAGAAAGUGUGUUGUAGAUUAUAUCUUUAAAGCCCAGUGA